AUGACCUCAAUUCGGAUGCCAAGGGAUGAUGAAGAGGCUCUAUUGCCGGAGUAUGAAGAGGCCCGGAGCCCCCGCCAAGCAGCCGGCACCGCGCCACGAACCCAAUUCUGGCCAAAAGAUAUCGAGGGGAUGAAUCAAGACGCGAAAGAGGGCAGUGUUAACUCCAGUCAUGUUCAUAUUCGAAUGGCUUUUCUUCGCAAAGUCUUCGGGAUUCUCUCCUUUCAAAUCGUGCUCACCACCGCCAUUUGCGCAGCCAUCUACAUGACACCGGGGAUCAAAGAAUUCGUCCAGGCCAAUGGUUGGGUGCUGUUGUUGACGCUUGUCGGCUCGAUCGGUCUGAUCAUUGCGAUGCACGUUCACGCAAGGAAUGUCCCAACCAAUUAUGUCCUCCUAGCUUCAUUCACCGUCGUUCAAGCGCUCACCCUUGGAACUCUAGUUUCAAUGUUCGAAGUCGGUGUGAUUCUGGAAGCGGCUUUGCUGACAUCAGUGAUCGUUUUCUCCUUGUUUGCGUAUACGCUGCAAUCGAAGAAAGAUUUCGUCAAGCAUUACGCGAUUGCCUAUUCGAUGCUUGGCAUUCUGUUGGUCGCUGGAGUUUUCCAGAUUUUCAUCCACUCCUCCGCGUUCAACUUCUUUGUGAACGUGUUCGGUGCGGCUUUGUUCUGCCUAUUCUUGAUGAUCGACUUGGAUAUGAUCAUGAAUUACAUGAAUGCCGAGGAUUAUAUCCUUGCCUGUAUAACCCUCUACAUGGACGUGAUCAAUCUUUUCAUUCGCAUUCUGCAAAUCGUCGCCGAAGCACAAAGGAAU